CAUUUUGUUGCAGUUUAGUGUCGGGAGGGAGAAGUGGCGCAUUUACGGCCACCGAUAACAACACAUAAGCCUCGAGAAGGACGGAUUUGUAGGAAAAUAGCUCUGCUGUGCUUCCUACAUUAUCUGUCGAAGGAUAUCCGAGGCUAAUUAUAUAUAUUUUUUCGACGAAAGGCUUUAACAACAGAGCCUGAAGAAGUCGACCGUCGACUUCUUGGAGCAUCGUGCGCCGAGGUGAAUUGAUGUUCAGCUUGGCUUCACGGCAAAACAACGACCAUUGGCACAUGAAAACCUCAGACCUUGCUGGACACACAAGUGCAGCGAGAAGUAGACAGAGAACUACUUCGAGGACCUGGGGACCGAUCGGCGGUGAAAGAUUAAAGCAGGAUUUCAUCGUUUUCAGCCUGACAACAAAGAGGUGACAGGUAGUACAGAAUCAUGGGAGGUGGAGAGAGGUACAACAUUCCAAUUUCCCACCCUGAACGCCCCAAGAAGAUCCACCAGUUCGGCAAGGCCAAGCAGAGGAGCCGCGACCAGAGCGGAGCAGUAGUGGCAACCGUGGGAGGAACAGGGGGCCUCCACCAUCACAGUCACCGCAGGAGCGACAAGGCCACCACCUACCACAGGUCUCCGGAGGCACGGCAGGCCGCGUCUGUGGAGAAGAAUGCUUCUGUUCGUUUCGCCACCACCUACGAUCAAAACUGGGAGGGUGCAGUGUCUCACCUAAAUACGCUGCUAGCAACUCAGUGCAGCCCGAGUUAUGCAGGGCCUAAGUUCAGUGAGCCACCCUCGCCCAGUGUGUUGCCCAAACCUCCCAGUCACUGGGUGUCUUUCCCUAUGGGAUCAUGUGACCACAGGGAGAUGAUGGCCUUCCAGCUAAAGAGCCUCCUGAAAGUACAGGCUUGAGAUAGAAACCUUCCCCUCAUUUAUAUCGAGCCAAUGAACUGCGACUCUGUUUAGUCACUUGCUUUCCAGGAACGCCCCAUGGUUGUAAUAGACAUGUCAUUUUUGGCUUAAAUCCUCUUGAAGUUGGGCAUUAAAACUGUUUAAGAAUUUACAACAGUUUUUAAAUAUAUUACAACCAUGUAGCCUUGCUGGUUGGCCGUGCCUUAAGUGGGGCCAGUUUCUUUAACUGUUGACUGGAUCCUUUUUUUUCCCCCUUUUGUUUUGUUCUUUUUUAGUGUUGGCUAUUAAAGCAGAUUGAGUGUACUUUUUCCCCAAAAAGGGUUUGAAUUGUAGGCUAGGUAAAAUCCAUCACUUUUACGGUCCAUUUCUCUGGACAGAUGCAUGUUCUCAUUUACAUGCGUUUUGACGUUGAACCUUUGGAGUGAUCUCUGAAGCUUCAGGUGCUAAAGCAAGUUCACAUUUGUAGCAUUUUUUUAAAAGGCCCCUCUUAUUUUCCUAGAUUGUUUUCCUUGUUUGGAAUGAAAAAGGCACUCAACUGCAGUUCUGCAGGGAAAAAGCUAAUUUUAUUUGACAUGAGCCAGUAGCUAUGUACAGGACAAGCUGAAAGACUGACCUCGAAGGGUAAUAAGAGACCAUGGCACACAGGCCCUGGACACCCAACUCCUGUACCCUUUUUUAUUGCGCUGUGCGCACAUGCACUAUAGGAGUUGUGUGUGUCCAAAGCCUGCUACUCUCUAUCAAAGCAUUAUUUUGUACAAGUCCUUUUGUUGCGAUUAAAAAGGUGUUUAAGCGCUGUGUGUAACCAAAGCAAUGUUUUGCUGCAUAUUUUUCUCACCCUCUGUGUGGUUGAUAACUUCCACUCUUUGUAUCUUGCCUCAGUGGUGAGUGCACAUUUCAUUACUGUUCGUCUCUUCAAUCAGUACUGUUACUGCUACUCAGUUUCUGUCUUUUAAGCACAGUGGCGCAGCUUUAGCACGCGGAAGAGGUAUGCACUCAUAUGUGCUCCUGUUAGCUGCAUGUAUUUGUGCUGAAGUGAGGCAGAACUGAAGAGCUUUUCUUUAGGGAUGUGUGUGGCCGCAGGGUUUCUCUAUGAGACAGAAAGCUGGUGUUUGUUUACAACUGUCUCUUACUGGCCAUCUGAUUAUCGGCACCCUGGUUGCCUGUUGCCGCUGCCUGUUGUUUACCCUCUUGCACUGUAAUCAGACUUACCCUAAAUGGCAGGUUGAGAUGCUAUUGAAAUGAUGGAAAGGCAAUGGACUAUCUUUAUGGAUUUUCUACUUUGUGAUUUUUUUUUUUUUGGGUCCUCCAUUAAGGUUCUUUGUGUUUUUUCCCUUUGCAGAGUUGAAGCUGUUUGUGGCCAGCAUAGAAAAUAACAAAACAAAGAGAUUGUUAAUAUGUUCAGGAGCCAUGUAUAUAGUGAAAUGUAUAAAGUUCUUGUAGCAUAUGUACAUUCACAGGCCACAUUUGAUGCCUGUCUGACAAAAGUAUUUUUAGUAAUAACACUGAAUGUAUAAGACAUGCUAAGGACAUGUCUUAACUUCAAUAAGAAUAUUUUUGUUAAAAAAACGUAAAAAAACCCCCUAGUACCUAUAGCAUUUAACCGUACCCUGCACUGUUAUCUUUACGGAGAUCUUGCACAUGUUUUUUAUUGUUUUGUAUUACACAGUGUAGGGUGAAAGAUGCUAAGUGCAAAUGAAAUAAAACAAUGAGAAAAAUAAUUGGAUUAAAGGAGACUUGCUUAUGUAUGGAUUUAAAGUUUUGAAUCUACUUAAACUUUGUAAACUGGACUCUUUUAUGUUUCAGUUGACAACUGUGCCUGAGUUUGACCCCUAUUUGUAUCUGCUAAUUAUUACCAAAACUGUUGCUGUUUUUAGCUUCCAGGUGAUCUUCCGCCAGCUGAAAGUUGAACUCAGCUCAGUGCUUUUAAUUCACAGAAUUUCACUUUAUAUCAUGAUUUUGUUUUUUUCCCCAUUUGGUUACAUUACAUAGCAAUGUCUCCUUAUUCUAAAUUGCGAAAAAAAUAAACUAUUGGCUUCUAAUUUUUCCCUUUCGUAUGUCACCUAAGGUUUACAGAUGUGCCCUGUUUAAGAUUGGUUUUAAUUGGUGUUCAAAAAAUGAAUGUGCUCUUAAUUUGACAAAGUAAAAAAAAAAAAAAAGAAAAUAAAUCCCUCCCCUCCCCCCA